AUGGAUAGACGAAGUCAGGCCUAUGUUAAUGGGCAUGCUGGUUAUGGCUGGCUACUCUUCCUACUCGCCGUCGUUUCACACGAAAUUCUUUCACGAGUCAGUGGCACGAUCUUUGAAUCCUCAUCCCAGAGGGUGUGGGCCCCUUGGCGACUGGAAGAGCUUCAUGACGGAUGGAUGACCAUACGCUAG